AAACGGAAUGGCGGAGGUAAGUGAGCAAAGGGCUUGGGGAGGAAAGUGGGGACUAAAUGAUACUGAAACAUCUUCACGUUUGAGAGCCUCUGUCAACCAAGACGGCAGAUAUUGAUGUUGUCAAUCGUAUGUGGGUUACAGAAGGUUGUGAGUGGGCCAAGGGUGGAUUACUAAAGAAGUAAAAUGGGGGUAUUUUGGCUCGGUCUCGUCUCUCCGCGUUCUUCGCGUUAAAGAGCCAUUCCGAUUUGUCAGAUGAAGCGCUGUAAAAAAAAAAAAAAAUGGAAAAACUAAAGAAAACAAUGGAAGACCGGCUUCGUGAUGGUGCUGAAGAUGUGUUCCAGUUGUGCGCCGUUAGCGUUCAUUUUGAAUACAAACUUUGAGAGAAGUCUAACUUAUUUGAGACUCUGCGUCUUUGGGUGGAAACGCAACCUCCAGAACUAUUUCCUUCUCACUCGUGCCAUUCGUGAGUCAGAGGAAGGAACGUUCAGCACCAAGUCACAGGAAAGCGCCCUGGCCCUGGUGGUCAACAACGCGUUCUAAAGUAGAUCCGCCGAAGCUUUACAAAGUUCAAGUGGCCAAUAAUGUUGUUCCAUCUGUCAGUAAAGUAGCCUAUUGUUUGUGAGAGUGUUCACCCAGGAGUUUUUCGUAUACAGCUGGUUUAUUUACUUGUGGCGAAAACGUCUUUGAUGAAAACGUGUAUGUUCGAUUAAUGAGAGGUUCAGAAACUAAGUAAACUUGCAUGAACCUGAUCAGGCACCAGCUGAUCCUCCAUGAUGAUGAAUCAAUGGGCUCUGGAGAUCGCAGACACAGCCUAGUGGAGAUUCUGAGGCAGGGACAUGAGGGGCUGGAAGAAGAGUGCAGGGCCCUAGUGGAGCUGGAGAAGAACCUGGGGGCCUCGCAGGGCUGCCUAAUGAAGAUGACAGCACGCCCCCACGCUGGCAGCGAGAUGCCCCUCGAGGAGCUGCUGGCACUGUAUGGGUAUGAGGUGUCUGACCCUCACCUGCAGCAAGAUGGAGAGCCCAAUGAGCGGGUAGCUAGUCUGCCGGACAUGACACUGGACAAGGACCAGAUUGCUAAUGAUCUUUUCUCAGGAGAGGAUGAAGAGGAGUCAUCAGCUGAUGACCUCACUCCCUCUGUCACCUCGGAAGCCUCAGACCUCCUUCACCAACACCUAAGAGCACAUUCCCUGGCAGAAAAAGACACCUUAGUUGGCUCCUCAGAGGAAGAUUCAGACGAUGGUGGUGCCUUUAUUACCUCCAACGAUGGACACAAGGACAUCAUGGUGGGUUCCAUGUACCAAGCCAAAAUCCCUCCUCUUAGCCCGUACACAGACCAAGAGAAAGUGUAUGAGAAUGAAGACCAGCUGUUGUGGACUCCAGACAUGCUCUCCAGCCCAGCUGUGGAGGAGUUCCUACUGAGUGCCCAGAGACGAAGAAGACAGGAUGGGACUGUCGACAUCCUUAUCAACGGGGGCAUAAUCAAAGACAAUGAACAGGCUUUGUAUGAGCUGGUGAAGUGCAACUUCAAUGCAGAGGAGGCACUGAGACGACUGAGCUUUAAUGUCAAAGUGUAUAGCGAAGAGCUGUGUGCCUGGAGUGAGGAGGAGUCUCGAAACUUUGAACAUGGCUAUCGAGUUCAUGGGAAGAACUUCCAUCUGAUUCAGGCCAAUAAGGUACGCACACGGUCGGUGGGAGACUGUGUGGGGUAUUACUACAUGUGGAAGAAGUCUGAGCGCCAUGAGUACUUUACCCAGCAGACCACCAGGCUGGGCCGCAAGAAGUACUGUCUGCAGACAGGGAACAUGGAUGACGGUGACCAGGAUGGAGACGUUGGAGAGAUGGAAGGAUGCUCCCAGAUUGAGCCACCCUCCCCUCCACCAGUCACUGAUCGCAACAAACCAGAUGCUGAGGUUCAGAUGGAGGUUUUGGAGCUGUGUGGUGCUCCUUGUCCCAGCCCACAGAGGGAGCGGCAGUUUACUCACUCCACUCAACUCCCAACUGUGGAGGACCAGCAUCAGGAGUCCUUUCUGAAUUGUCCUAGCCCGGGACACUGUCCCACAGCCCCCCCUGCCCAUCUCCCCCCGUCUCCCCAGCCCUACGGAAUCCCGCUGUCCCCCUCAGGGGUGUGUCCCCUUCUGGGCUCUGGCUUCUACCAGCUGCAGUUGGAACCAUUUCUGCCCGAUGGCCUGUCCACUGGGCCCGAAGGUGGGGCUUCUGAUCGGCUGCAGGUGGACUUCUCUUUGUCCUCCACCCCCCAACCCUUACCUGCCAUCCCCACCUCUGUUUCUGUCACUUCUGACUUUGGAUCCAUCAGCAGUUGCCUGUGUUCUGCGGCCCUGUGCCCGCCUCAUGUCCAGCACCCCCACUCUCUCACCCAGUGAGGGACUGAAAAGGCCUGUCUUUACCCUGGAGGACCUUUUAAUAUUUCCUGGGUUUUCUAUACUUACAAGUACAGAUAAAGUGAACUCCGACCAGGUGGGAUGGUGUCAAGCUGCCCAAGGGAAAAACUGUGUUUUUCAAGGUAGAUGGGCCUACCGGUAUCCGAGUGUUUACCAAGUGAGUCCCACUGCUGACAAAGCACAAUGGCUCACCUAGCUGUCUGUUCUGAAAGGGCAGUCACUCCACAGGAAUGUUCCCAGUUCUUGCUGAUAGAUUUUCUGGGACUGGAAAGAGUGUGGGCUUGUUGAUAGCUCAAAGGCCAAAGCCUGAUGUUUGUUGCACUAGCCUCCUCUUCAACCAGAGACUGGGAUUUCCCCUCCUUCACUGAUUUCAAAAUGUUACAUAGAAAUAGUGUACAGCAGACAGCCAUGACCAGGAGUCCUUGAUGCUUUCUUAUGGCACAAGAUAGUUCUGAUAAGACUGUUUCUAUGAGCAGGUUUCAGUCUUCUGCACUUCUGUAGGACUCUUCACCCCUCUGACUGUGGACCUCUUAGGAUCAGCCUCCUGGUUCACUGUGAUUCCACCUCUUGGACAUCCACGGGUGAAAUGUCAGGUUUUUAUUCCGUAUGUUUGCAAUGAAAGGUCUGUUUAAAGAGUCUAUGAAACAAUGCUUUCCAUCACAAUGUUAGUUCUUCGUUCCCAAUUGUUCCUUGGAAGGUUUGCAAUAAGAACCCUGAGAUUGUGAUGGAGACGUUUUAUAUUGUUUCCAAUUUGUGUUAUUAUUUGAAAUGUCUUGUGCAGUACCAAACUCCCACAAUUCCCUGAUGACCACGGUAGGGCACAUUAGCCUAUGUUUAGCCUGUCAUGACAACACAUGUACAUGCUAAUGUAGGUAAGUCACUGUCAUGACAACACAUGUACAUGCUACUGUAGGUAAGUCACUGAAUACAAAGUUACUCAGGUUUUGUGGUCCUCUGGCUUCUUCUGUAUAUAAACUCCAGUUGUUUUGUGUGUUUGAGUGUUGAAUAUGUCCUGAACCACACCUCCAACGUUGGGGAUAUCUGUGACAAUGAAAAAACCCAACAGGAGUGAAGGACAAAAACGAGUGUUUGACAAGUGUGCAACGUUAUGAACAUUGCCACUUGAUAAUGUGAUAUAUACUGUUUAGAGCUAAUACAGCUAUAUACCCCAGGUUUCACUGAUGCUGUACAGUAUUUUGCCACUAGAGGACCUCAGAUUUUACUUCCCUGCCUCUGCUCAGGUGGGCUAAGAGACAAUCCGUCCUCUGAGCUUUCUGCCCUGAUGGCUGGAAAACUCCAUGUCUUUAUUUAUUCCCAAUUUUCUAUUAAAGGUGGGGUCUUCCUCUUCUCCCUGCUCUUACCUGAUAUGUUCUUGAUCUGUAUUUUGUCCAGCUGUCUACAGGAAGUUCUGGAUGUUGACUUUUGGAGCAGGAAAGGGGGUAAACACUCUUGGUUGUUUUUUUGUUUUUUUUAGCAUUUA